AUGGAAACCGAAAAGCAAGCCCAGUCGGGCAUCGACCAUGUCGAGGUUGCCAACAACAUGGCCGAAGAUGCCCGGUUGGCCACCGAGGCGGAGCAUCAGAUGACGGUGAUGCAGGCUCUCAAGAAGCACUACAAGGCGGUUCUUUGGAGCAUGGUCAUUUCCUUGACGGUGGUCAUGGAUGGGUACGACGGUGCUCUGCUGGGCUCCCUCUCAGCCUUCCCAUCCUUCCGCAGUCAGUUUGGCACCUAUGUCAGUGCCAAGAGCGGAUAUCAGCUGGAUGCCAACUGGCAGUUGGCGCUGGGUUGCUCCAGUCCCAUUGGAAACAUUGUCGGUAUCUACCUGGGUGCCUACACGGUCGAUCGGCUCGGAUAUCGCAAGUCCAUCUUUGUCUGGAUGGCCUGGUUGUCGGGCUGCAUCUUCAUCUCCUUCUUUGCCACCAAGAUUUCCAUCAUCUUUGCCGGAGAGGUUCUCUGCGGUAUCUCCUGGGGAGUCUUUGCCUGUCUGGCCCCUCCCUACGCCGCCGAGAUCUGUCCCGUCGUCCUGCGUGGUCUGGUCGAGAUUUGGGUCGUCAUGUGCUGGGGUAUCGGCCAGCUGCUGUCAUACUCGGUGCUUCUGACGCUGAACCACCGCACUGAUCAGUGGGGAUGGCGCAUCCCCUUUGCCGUGCAAUGGGUCUGGCCCGCCAUCAUCGUUCCUCUCAUCCUCUUCGCCCCGGAGUCACCCUGGUGGUUGGUGCGUCACGGCCGGCCCGAGGAGGCCCAACAGGUCGUCCGACGCCUCAUCAGCGGCCAGGCCGACGAGAAUGAGGUCCGACGCACCGUGGCCCUCAUGCAGGAGACCAACCGACUCGAAGAGACCAUUCACGAGGGUGUCGGCUACCUCGACUGCUUCCGCGGCCGCAAUCUGUGGCGUACCGAGAUCGCCUGUGUCGCCUGGGCCUCGCAGCUCUGGUGUGGAUUCGUCAUCUCCUCCUACUCGACCUACUUCUUCGAAUUGGCCGGUCUGGAGUCCCAGGACGCUUACAAGAUGAGCGUCGGCAUGGGCGGUCUCCACCUCCUGUUCAAUCUCAUCUCCAUCUCCACCGUCGCCAACGUCGGUCGCCGUCGUCUGUACCUCUUCGGUCUCCCCUUUAUGAGUCUGAUGAUGUUCAUCCUGGGCUUCCUUGCUCUGGCCCCCGAAAAACCCGCCAUCGGCUACGCCUCCUCCGCCGUCUUCCUCAUCUGGAACUGUGGUUACCAGCUCUCCGUCGGUCCAGCCGCCUACAUCAUCGUCAGUGAAGUCUCUUCGACCCGUCUGCGCGCCAAGACGGUCUCACUCGCCCGAAACGCGUACAACCUCUCCCUCCUGAUCAACUACUUCGUUGGUCCGUACAUUCUCAACCCCAGCAAGGGCAACUGGAAGGGCAAGACGGGUUUCUUGACCGGUGGCAUCAUCAUCAUUCUCUGGACCUGGGCCUUCCUCCGUCUGCCCGAGACCAAGGGUCGUACCUUUGAGGAGUUGGAUAUCCUCUUCUCAAAGACGGAUCUCAAGACGAGAGAUUUCAAAAAGUACAAGAUGGAAGAUCAUGAUCUGCAUGAUGCCAAAGUCGGUGGACUGGCUUGA